AUGGAGAACCUAACCUUAGUCUCUUGCUCAGCUGCUUCUCCGAAGCUGUUAGUUGGAUGGAAUUUCACUUCAUCGCUUAAACCCCCUGUAGGGUUUUCGCGCCGGACUCCUAGAGUUACCCUCCGUUGCUCUAAAAUCUCUGCCUCCGUGCAAUCUCAGCCUCCGUCUUCGCGUCCAGAGAAAGCUGGAGAAAUUGUGGUUGUGAAACACAGAAGCAAAGCUUUUGCAAGUAUAUUUUCAUCGAAUCGUGAUCAACAGACAACCUCCGUUGCUUCCCCUACUGCAACAGUGCCACCACCAUCUUCAUCAACCAUAGGAUCACCACUUUUCUGGAUUGGUGUUGGGGUUGGGCUAUCAGCUGUGUUCUCAUAUAAAUAUGCAAUGCAAACAGCUAUGAAGACAAUGAUGAACCAAAUGAAUACACAAAGUAGCCAGUUUAAUAAUCCUGGUUUCCCUACAGGAUCAGGAUCAGGAUCACCUUUUCCGUUUCCGUUUCCUCCUCAAACAAGUCCUACUUCCUCACCGUUCCAAUCUCAGCCCCAGUCUUCAGGUGCCACUGUUGAUGUGACAGCGACAAAAGUAGAUACACCUCCUUCGACUAAGCCGCAACCUGCGCCUGUAAAGAAUAUAGAAGUGGAUAAGCAAAGUGUUGUUUUGGAGGAAAACAAAGUGAAGAGAGAAGAAAAAAACUACGCGUUUGAAGAUGUUUCCCCGGAGGAAACCACAAAGGAAAGCCCGUUUAGCAACUAUGCUGAAGUCUCUGAAACUAAUGCCUCUGAAAAAGCUCGCUUAUUUGAGGAUGUUUUGCAAAAUGGAGCCACUGCUGCUCCGGCGAAUGGUGCCACUGCUUCCGAGGUUUUUCAAUCUUUGGGCGCUGGGAAAGGAGGGCCUGGUUUGUCUGUAGAAGCUUUAGAGAAAAUGAUGGAAGACCCAACAGUUCAGAAGAUGGUUUACCCACAUUUGCCUGAGGAGAUGAGGAACCCGGAAACUUUCAAAUGGAUGCUUAAAAAUCCUCAAUACCGUCAACAGCUACAGGACAUGUUGAAUAAUAUGAGUGGAAGUGGUGAAUGGGACAAGAGAAUGAUGGACACCUUAAAGAAUUUUGACCUUAAUAGUCCUGAAGUGAAGCAACAAUUCGAUCAAAUAGGACUGACCCCAGAAGAAGUCAUCUCCAAGAUUAUGGAGAACCCUGAUGUUGCAAUGGCAUUCCAGAAUCCUAGAGUCCAAGCAGCGUUAAUGGAAUGUUCUGAGAACCCAAUGAACAUCAUGAAGUACCAAAACGACAAAGAGGUAAUGGAUGUGUUCAACAAGAUUUCGCAGCUCUUCCCAGGAAUGACGGGUUGA